GGCGGCUUCCCCGCUUUCCUGCUCCCCGGCGGAGGCCGCAGUGAAGAGCCCGGGACACGGCCAGCAGGGGUCGCGCCGGCUUCCGCCCCUCUCCGUUUCCUGAGCCGCUCUGCGCCGCGCGGGCUCGCUUCCGCUGGGAUGACAGGCGUGCUGCGGGCGCUGCUGGCACUGCAGGCCGGGCCCCGCAGGCUGUGCUGCUUCUGGACGGUGCCAGCAGCACCCAGAUGGGCCCCUCGGUCACCUCACUGCGCCUUUGCAACGGAUGGCCAGUCCCAGAAGGAAAAUGAGAGAACAGUGCAACAGCUCUGCAAGCUGUCUGUUGACCUCAGGAAAAUCCGCAGAUGGAAAGGCUGGGUGCUGCUGCAGGAAGACAGCUACGUGGAGGAGGUGGUGCGCGUCCUGCAAGGCCUGGGCACCGACGCGGUCGCGGUGGCCAGCGUGUUGGAGCGCUACCCCGAAGCCGUGCUCUGCAGCCCCGCCGCGGUGGCCACCCAGAAGGACCUCUGGCAGCUGGUGUGUGGCAGCGAGCGUGAGUUGGCCAGGCUCAUAGAGCGGUUCCCGGAGGCGUUCUUUACCAUCCAGGACCAGGAGAACCUGGAGCUGAACAUCCGACUCUUUCAAGAGCUGGGGCUCAGGAAUGUGGUGAUCAGCAGGUUGCUGACCACGGCGACCAGCGUCUUCCACCACCCUGCGGAGAAGAACAAGCAGAUGGUGCGGGUCCUGCAGGAGAGUUACCUGCACAGGGGCGGGGCUGAGGCCAACCUCAAAGUCUGGCUGCUAAAAUUACUAAGCCAGAACCCGUUCAUUUUGUUCAGUUCUCCCGCGGCCGUGAGGGAAACACUAGAAUCUCUCCAGGAGCAGGGUUUCACGAACUCGGAAAUUCUUCAGCUUCUGUCCAAACUCAAAGGGUUCCUUUUUCAGCUUUGCCCAAGAGGCAUACAGAACAGUAUUUCCUUCUCAAAAAAUGCACUCGAAUGCACAGACCGUGACCUGAAGCAGCUGGUUUUGAAAUGUCCUGCUCUCCUGUACUACUCUGUUCCAGUUUUAGAAGAGCGAAUUCGGGGGUUAGUGCAAGAGGGGGUUUCCAUAGCGCAGAUAAGAGAGGCGCCAGCGGUGCUCGAGUUAACGCCACAGGUAGUCCAGUACAGAAUAAGGAAACUGAGCUCCUCAGGCUACAGAAUACAGGACGGCCACCUAGCAGAUCUCAGCGGGACGAAGAGGGAGUUUGAGGCAAACUUUGGCAAAAUCCAGGCCAAGAGAGAAAGACCUCUGUUUAACCCCGUGGCACCACUGGACGUUGAAGGGUGACUGCCUGAGUGACACCACUUCCAGCAGCACCGAGGAAGCUGAGGCUGACGCACCUCAGGCUGCUUUGGCUUCUGCGUUGUUUAAAGUUACUUCGAAACAUGAUUUCUACUUCAUGGGCUGUAUUUUAUAUUUUAAAUUGUGUUUAAGUAAAGGUAACCUACCCUUGAA